GGCCCGGGGCCGGGCUGUCCGGGACCGAUCGUGAACCCUACUCUCCCGGGUUCCCGCGACCCGUCAGGCGCUCAGCUGGGGCCUCCCGGCGUCCGCGAAUGCCCUGCGCGCAUCCCCCGGGGGCGCCCGCAGACGCCGCUGGAGGCUCCCGACUCCGCAGGGACCGGAAGAGACGACACUCCGGCGGCCCCGAGCACCGGCCGCAGGGGGUGACCGCUCCCGGAGCGCGGCUGCAGGGCCGGAGCCCCGCCGGGAAGCGCCGUACCGGAGACCAACGCGCACCGCCCGGGGCUCCAGAGCGCGGUUCUCCGCCCUCCGCUGCCUGGAAGGGGCGGCGGGGCUGCGGCGGGGAAGUCCGAGGCCGGUGCGCGGUCGCUCGCGCUCCGCCGACUUCAGGGACGCCCGAGCGGUCGGGAGGGAUGAAGCCGCAACGCGACGGACGCGGGGACGCCAGACGCGGCGCGCCCCGAGGUCAGCGAACCUGGUCCGCGAGGGCAGGUCACGCGUGGGCUCCGUCUGUCCGUCCGCCGCGCGCGGGGAGCGCUGUUGGCCCCGGGAUGCCCGACGGGGCUCGAGCGCUCAGGCCACAGCCGCGGUCCGCAGCGCGCCGGCGGCCCGGUAGCCUGCGGGAGCUUCGUCGCCGGGCUGUGACGGCUCGGAGGCCCUCGGGUCCGCAGAACGAUCGCGCUCUCUCCAUUUCUCUCCAGGUUUCUGUUCCCAAGUUUGGCAAGAUUCCUUGGCUUAGUGAGGCCAGCCUCGUGAACAAGCCGCUAGUGCUCAGCCUCCCCAAAAGAUAUCCUCAGGCCUCUGCCACUUUUCUGAUUUCAUCCAAGAAGGAUAUGAAUUUGCCUAUUUUGUUUCAAGUUCCAGAUGUCUUAUCUAAGGCCAGGAGGCUCCACAGGAGCCCCGUGCUGAUCAGAGACAAGCAGCUGUGCUCCACUUGUCAAGAGAGAAAAAUGGUACAACCAAGAACUGUGAUAAUUCCUCAUAAUCUGAAACUUUCCUUUGAGAAUUUUAUGACUCAUAGAAUGAUGAAUCUUCAUCCACCAAAAGCCCAGACUGUAGCCAAACAUUCCCAUAAUGACAUCUCAACAGAGAGUGUCCGCUACAGACUGCCCAUUCUGGGCCCCAGGACAGCGGUCUUCCACGGACUGCUGGCAGACACCUACACAACCAUGCAGGACACUCGACUCUCCUCCUUGCCCAGAAAAGAGCCAGUGGGCAAGACAAUGAGGCAGUGAAUGAGUGGUCGGAGCUCAUCACCUUCCGGACUCACGAAGAGAAAACAAGUUAACCAAGCCAGUUUCUGACAGAUUAGCCUAAUUUCCUCCUGUCACCAAAAAGGUGACUCACUUUUGCUUUCCUGAGAGUUGCUCGAAUUCUAGCUCCUGCCACUGUCUUCUCACUCACUUUUCCUAAAGACAAGUGGUUUAAUUUCCGUGACUAAAAGUUUAACUGAUUAAAAUGGAACAUGUUGAGUGUCAGGUUUUUUUUUUUUUUUUUAUGAUUUGUAACUGUGUUGUGGUAGACAACAUCCUUCUGUUUCUAAGAUUUGGGUUUUCUUGCAAAUUAUUUCAGCUCUUCCUCAGGGCAGGGAGCUGGAGAUGGCUCCUGGAGGUCUCUUGUGAGUUCAACUUAU